UCCUCCUCCUGCCUUGCAACUUUCUCGCCGCUCGCCGGGACUUCCUCGCUCGGGCAGCCCGGCCAGAGGCGUCGGGGCAUGCGGCGUCUUCGUCGUCGGUGAAAGCAAGCAAAGGGGGCGGAGGAGGGGGGGGACGGAGGAGAGCCAGCCCCGGCCAUGAGCUCCGUCUGGAAGCGGCUGCAGCGCGUCGGCAAGCGGGCCGCCAAGUUCCGCUUCGUCGCUUGCUACCAGGAGCUGGUGGUGGAGUGCACCAAGAAAUGGCAGCCGGACAAGCUAAUCGUGGUUUGGACAAGGAGGAACCGACGGAUUUGCUCCAAGGCUCACAGUUGGCAACCGGGCAUCAAGAAUCCUUACCGGGGCGAGGUGGUAUGGAUGGUGCCAGAAAACGUGGACAUUAUGGUCACGCUUUAUCGGGACCCUCAUGUGGAAGAAUAUGAAGAUAAAGAUUGGACUUUUGUGGUAGAAAAUGAAUCCAAGGGGCAACGUAAGGUCCUCGCCUCGGUUGAUGUGAACCUCAGGCGCUUCGCCAGCCAGACGCCCAACCAAGCGGACCUGAAACUGAACCUAAAGCCCAAGUCGGUGAAGGUGGUGGCUGCAUCGCUCCAGCUCACUCUCUCGUGCGUCUUCUUGCACGAGGGAAAAGCCACGGAUGAAGACAUGCAAAGCCUGGCCAGUUUGAUGAGCUUCAAGCCCUCCGACAUCGGCAAUUUGGAGGAUUUUGCGGAAAGCGACGAGGAGGCGGAAGAGGCCUCGAAAUACGGCCGGGGGGAGGAGGCGGUGGGCCACAAAGGAUCCCCUCAAGGAUUCCUCAAAAACGUUGUGAUGAAUUCUUUCUCAGACAAAUCACGGGAUCUGAACCCCUUGGCUGAGGAGGAGGAAGACCCCUCGGGCUGUUCUCCGUCGCCUUCCAAGGCAUAUCUCAAGGAAGCUGUGGCCGCGGUUUCUGAGCCAGCGCUGGCGAGCCACGGAAACGUCACCGGAGGUUGCCCACAUCCAUCACCAAAGGCUACUUCUGUCGCUCCUGACAGGCUCGCAUUUGACGUAAGUGGCGAGGAGUGUAAAACCGGGAGUACGGGGCUCAACGGGGCGGAAGGUUCCCGUACAGCACCAAAUGGCAUCCCAGGAGGGACAGGGACCAGGAACAGCAUGCUGGACACUUCCCGAGCAUCAUCAGUGCAGGCGGGGGCUGAAGAGGAGCAUGAAAGCACGGGGCCAGCGUCUCCGAGUGCCGUCGACAAGAGGCCAAGUGAUAUCUGGAAACCCAGGGAGGAUCGCUCCGUUUCACCACCCCCCAGGAGAAAAAAUACGCCAAAGGAAUCUGUGAAGAGACUCCUUUCGCCGCCAUUUACAUCCAAGGAUGCCCCCAUGCGGAAACGCAAGCUGGGGAAAACAGCGGGGUCCUCGGACCCGCCAGCGCCUGCCGUGGAGACCUCCGCCAUUUUGGAAAAUAACCUGGUUCCUCUCCCCACACCCGUUAUCCUCGAUAACCCACCCCUGGAAAAACCAGAAUAUGAGAGUCUCAACGAAGCGGCUCCCUUUCUGCCUCCACCCGGAAACUCCGUGGUGAUGUAUUUUAUGGACGUUGCAGCCCUCGCCCAACAGGAUCCUGUCCUUCUCAACAGCGGGUCGGAUUCCCGAGGAUUAUCUUCGGACGCCGCGUACCUGGCGCUUUCUCCUUCUUUUGGAGGCCCUUCGACGGCGCCGUGGGAUUUUCGGGAAGCGGCAGCUGGCAAAGUCCAGGAAGUCGUGGAAGAAGGCACUGCUGUUCUGGAAGCCUCAAGCGACGGCGUUCCCUCGGAACGGGUGGAAGACGUGGAGAUGGUCGCAGAGAAAGAAGAACUGGCCAAAGACAGGUUGGGGGGCAGUGAGGCAGGGGCUUUGGCGUUACUAGCUGAGAAGGAAGAGGAGGAGGAGGAGGAGGAGGGUGAGGUUGAAAGGCAUGAGAACCAUCGAGGAGACAAGCACUUCGCGCCUGCCGUAGAAACCCUUCCUGGAGAAGAGGCGCACCGAAUCGUGACUGAGGCAGACGGGAGGUCCCUGAGAGUUGACGUCCCUCAGGAAGGACCACUGCUGAUUGAGGACGAGGAAAGCAGGCCCGGAUCUGAGGUCCUCUCCUCGCCGUUGAAGAUGGGUAGGGAAGCCAUGGCUGGGGAGUUCCUGUGGGACAUACCCCGUUGCCCCCCUGCUGUUGUGCCCUGCCUAGAGGAAGGUAAGAGGAAAGACCUGGGAGUUGCAGAGGGGGCGCCCCAAAGUCCUCUAGAAGAGCCAAACCUCCAGUGGUUGCAAAAUGAGGAUGAGGGAAUCGAGGAAAAGAAGGACGCAGAAGGAAGCGGAGUCUCCGGAGAGGUUGUGGAGCAGACGGCUGAAACAGCGUGUCCUGCGACCGAGGAAGGAGAGGAUGGAGGCCAAGUUGAUGACUGGAAGAAACUUUCAGAAGAAGUCCUGGGAAAUGCCAUGCCGAAGGAACCGAACGUCCGUCUGAACGGGAGCCCAGAGACUUUGGGCCAAACACAGCCGGACAGUUCAGAGACUUGGAGCUUAGGGUCACCUUGGGGUGGCGAUCCCCCACAGCCUUCCCAGAAUGUGCCCCCCAGCCAAAGUCCCCCAGACCACGAAGAAGAAAGCCUAGAAGGGGAUGGUUUAACGCAGAGACCCCCGGAGACAGAAGUGGUGGUGCCCCACGCCUCCAGCCCGCCUGUAUCUCAGGAUUCUGGCCUGCCUGCCCCGAGUCCCCGUAGGAGUGCUGGGCCCUGCCAUGAAGCCCCAGUGUUGAGCCCUGUGUCCUGUGGCACAGCCCCCCAUUUGGGACCCGAAGGGAAAGACCAGGCAGAAUCUCUCGGCAGCCCCACCCUGGUCAACUCCAGCCAUUGCCUGCUGCAGUGGUGCCAGGAAGUGACGUCCGGCUAUCGAGGGGUCCGUGUGACCAAUUUCACCACGUCCUGGCGCAACGGCCUGGCUUUCUGUGCCAUCCUGCACCACUUCCAUCCCGAGAAGAUCAAUUACAAAGCUCUGGAUCCCCUCGACAUCAAAGAGAACAAUAAACUGGCCUUUGACGGCUUUGCCACGCUGGGCAUCUCCCGGCUGAUGGACCCGGCGGAUAUGGUAUUCUUGACGGUGCCUGAUCGGUUGAUCGUAAUGACGUACCUUUGCCAGAUCCGGGCGUUUUUCACAGGACAGGAACUCAACGUAGUUCAGUUUGCCAGCCACAGUAGUGAGACCACGUACAAAGUGGGCAAAUUCGACACCGAUCUCUCGGGAUCUGUCGAUCCGGCUGUGUUUUACUCCCAACAUCUGCAAAGUAGCAUGGAGAAGCUAGAAGCCAAGGGGGAUUCUGGGAAAGCCGCGAAAUUGGAGGAGAAGCAGAAAGCAGAAGGGGAAUCUGGUCUUCCGGAGGAUUCUGGGAGGCCUGAAGAAGCAAAGGAUUCUGGGAACGAAGCCGUUGCGGAGAGCGUCCCCAGAAAGGCGAGUGAGGAAAAGCCGAAUGGCUCGAGAGUGACCGACAGCGUCCUCUCCUUCGGGCCAGAAGUGAAAAAUGGGGUUGCCCCCAAAGAAAAUAAAACAAUAUUUCUUGCUCCGGUGGAUUAUAAACCCCACGAGAAUGUGGCAGAUGAGAUCGCCCCAAAUUCACAGCGCCUCCUAGCGGAAAUCUCCAAACCCGACAGGUUGAUCAAUGGUGCCCCUCCGGCUUUGGAACGGGAGGAUUCUGGGGGAGAAACCCCAGGGCAUGAUGGGAAAGGACUGGCCAACGGCUCCAACCAGGACCCAGGGGAUUCUGGGAAAUGCGAGGCGGAUGUGGAGAAGAUCGAUAAGGAAGACAAGAUGGUUGCACCUCCCCGGCUCAAACGGCUCGCCUCCCGGGGCAGUGUGGAGCGCCCUCUGCAGCGCACCCCCUCAGCUGGCGGCGCAGGCCCUGUGGCUCCGCCCCGGGCCUCCUCCACCAAGUCUGCCUUCGCUCACAUGCGCGACGCAGACCUGGUGAAGAAGCGACGGUCACGAUUGAAGAGUGAGUCUCUCUCUGUGGACGAGGCGGAAGGAGGGGGACUGGCGGAGGAAGCCAGCCAGCGACAGACGGUGGACGAUGUUUGCAACGAGGGAACAAAGGCCCGACAAAUGAAACAACCAGCCUCUCCCGUCGUUCCUUCCCCGGAGCAGUGCCUGGACACUGAAUUGAGAAAUAGCAACCACGAAGAAGAAAUUCCAAAAUUUCAAGACACCAGCCAGUAUGUGGUCGCCGAACUACGGGCGUUGGAGAACGAACAGAAGCAGAUUGACGGGCGGGCAGCGGUGGUGGAGAAAGAGCUGCGGGCUCUGAUGCAAACAGGCGCAAAUAAGUUGAAGGAGGAAGAACUGAUCCAGGAAUGGUUCACCCUGGUCAAUAAGAAGAAUGCCCUGAUCCGAAGACAGGACCAGCUGCAGCUGUUGAUAGAAGAGCAAGACCUGGAGCGGCGGUUUGAGCUCCUGAGCCGUGAACUUCGUGCCAUGAUGGCCAUUGAAGACUUGCUCAAAACAGAAGCCCAUCAGCAACGGGAGCAGCUCCUUCUGGAAGAACUGGUCUCACUGGUGAAUCAGAGGGAUGAAUUAGUCAGAGAUCUAGAUAUCAAAGAGCGUAUAGCUUUGGAAGAAGACGCCAGGCUGGAGCGGGGCUUACAGCAGCGACGUCACAAGAUGAGUCGGCGGGAGAAGUGCCGCGUCAGCUGAGAAGCGCUCCUGCGACACCCCUGCAGUGUGGGGGGAAGCCCAGCCCCAACGGGUUCCCGAACCGCCAACCGAUCUGUUGCCUUCCCAAUGUUGCUCCGGCUUGCUGUGCUCUUAUUCAUGUCCAGGAGAAAGGCUCUCCCCCCUCCUCAAAAGUGGAAUAAAUUAAGAGGCACUUAUGCCCCUCAAAAAAAUGGGGGGCAUAAAUUUGAGGUGCCCUUUGAUUUCUUUUUUUUUUUUUUAAACCCACC